UUACAGUUUCUAAUUUUUAUUAACAAAAUGUCGUACCGUUGUGAUUUUGUUGUCGUACAAUUUGUCCAUUUCUCGUUCUCAUCUUAACAUAAAAUAAACACAAAAUCCGUGUAAAAUCGAGCUUUAUUUUACCUAUCGACUUAACUAUGGCUACCUUCAAACUGUCCAAAGAUGCUAGACUGGCUUUUAAGCAGAAUCUCGUCAACAAAAUUUCCAUUGAAAACCAUGAACGUUCAAAAUUUGAAAUAAAACAAGAAAUAAAAACGGAAAGAAACGUCCAAGUUGAACCUCUGCAUCUGGUUAAACAGGAAAACAUCAAAAAGGAAUCACCUUUCACAAUCGAACCGGAUCCUAAGCACGACAUUACAAGCUUCGCUUCCGAAAGCAAAAAUGAAUUCCAUAUGAACAAUAACACAAUUGAGCAUCAAAGCUCGUCUUCAAAUAACUCAAUCCUAAGUUCUAAAUAUAAGAAAAAUAAUAGUAAAACGAAGUACUUCGGUCAAAGGCGCAGACCGCUGAUCGCCACUGCCACGCAAGUCCACCGAUAUCUCUCUUCGAAAGAUCCAUACUCGCUUACUAAAAAACAACAAGAAUCCCUGAAUUGGGCCGAAUCGGUCAUAAUGGGUCGUAAUACUCGUCGAAUCGCUGAGCAACAUACACCCAUUGAGGUCAUAGACGACGACCGCGAUGCCAACAAUAACAACGAUUCUAUCGCUCUGAAUGACGCAUUUAUGCACAACGAAACCAUCACGAUACCAGAUACGUUCCAACUGGCUAUUGUAGAUUUUGCCAGCCCUGGAGGUCGAUAUUCGUUGGCAAAUGCGCGUUUAAUUGAGCAAACUUUGAGCAAAGCCGUUGUAACGUAUAUCUUGGAAAAUCCAAAUGCCACACAUCCGAUUUUCGGCAAAUCGGUUUACUUCGAUGGUGUUCUUGUCUUGGAUUGCAAAGAUCAAGUAGCCUAUGAUUUUGCAAAGUUAAUUCUAUGGGACAGAAAACUGUGGGACGGAUCUAACUUAAAAAUGUUGGAACCCCAGAAAUCUCCAUUCGACUCGAUCGGAUCUUUGCACGCUCCAGAUGUGGGUAUUGAUAAGAAUAAAGUUCUUGAUAUCCUGAAAGCUCAAAAUCCCUCAAUUAAUAUGGCUAAUUGGAAAAUGCUUGGCGAGACAUGUUUUAAAUGUGGCUUCAAGCAAUACUCUAUUAAAAUAUCCAAUCCACCGGUGUACUUUCAAAGACACAAACAAUUAAGACUUUUCUUUGGAGGAAGCGAAGUUAUACUUAAGCUUUUUGGAUGCGAAUGGCUUUGGAAUUGCAAAGUCUAAACUAAAAGUGUAGAUAGAGUUAUUCCUUUUUAUACGAAAACUAAGCACCGCUUUAGAACUUUGAAUAGGAUUUUGUAUUCGAAGGUGUUGAAAUAUUUUAGUACUUAUUUACAUUUAGUAUUUAUAAUUUCAAUGUGAUUUAUGAAUUUACUCUAACGUUUUGUGUUAAAAUAAGUGUACUUUGAAGAAAAAACUUUAAAAAAUUAAAUGAAAUCAAAAUUAUAA